UUCUGAAAAUCUCCACCUGGAAGUAUAAUUUAUUAAUUGCAAACUUCUGAUGUCAUUUGGAAUUCAGAAACAAGUUGACGUAUGUAAAUCCAGAGGAAUAUUCAAAACUAUGGAUGUCAAUCUCUCUGGCGUGAAACAAAGCAAGGGAUUAUGGCUGGUUAAGGUUCCCAAAUAUUUAGCCCAGCAAUGGGACAAAGCAGAGAAAGGAGACGUGGGAACCAUGACCAUCCAAAAGAAACAAGGGAAAACAGAGGUCUGUUUCAAUCUGAGCGAGGGCUUAACCACACUAGGAGCAGUGGGGGGAAAGGGAUCACCACUUCAGGUUCCCAAGGCCCAUCCCUGCACUAUGCACUCCACGGGGGGUCAGACAAUGGCGGUCUUCAGCCAGGCGGACAAAGAUGAAAUCAGCCUGGAGGGGAUGGUGGUGCACAGAGCCGAGUGCCGACCCGUCGUCAAUGACAACUACAUGAAGCUGAAGAAGGUCCAGAUGAAGGAAGCCAUCAAGCCUCAGCGUCUGUCUCAGCAGCUCGAAAAGGCCAUCACAACCAUCUUCAAGCCAGUGUCAAACCACGACUUCAACCUGGAGUAUGAGAAGAAGAAGAAGGCAGAGGGCCGGAUGGUCAGAGCCGAGCGACAGCUGGUGCUGGACAUGCUCUUCUCCGCGUUUGAGAAGCACCAGUAUUACAACAUCAAAGACCUGGUGGACAUCACCAAACAGCCUGUGACCUACCUGAAGGAGAUCAUGAGGGAAAUCGGGACGUACAACAGCAAGGGGGCUCACAAGAGCACGUGGGAGCUGAAGCCGGAGUAUCGCCACUACCAGCCUGCUGCCGAGGAGGAAGAGGAGGCAGCCAUGGAGACCAGCUAGAGUCAUGGUCUCUCCUGCGUGGAGGGCAGUCUUUUGCUUUUGUUUCAUUAAAACACAC